AUGGCAGAAUCAAAACCUCGCUGUAAAAACUUGGUUUUAGAUGCUGGUCCAUUGCUUUCGCUUUCACCACUGAGGGGCCUGGCAGAGAUCUACCUUACGGUACCUCAAGUUCUGGAUGAACUCAAGGACAAACGUGCCCGGGAACACUUUGAACGAUUGGGGCUAUCUGCGGGUGUCCAAGUGGACGUACGCAACCCUGAUGCUGCUAAGACGGGAGAUUACGCUGUCUUGUCCCAUGCAGAUAUCUGCGUCUUGGCGUUAACCCAUUCGCUUCGUGUGCGCGAGCAGGCAUCGUCAGAGAAUGACCCCCAAAAGGCAAGUAUUACCAACGAAUUUGACGAUAACGUCCGAAGUCCCCCAGUUUCCACUUCGGAUCCAUCAGAGGAUAUUCAUAGUGAGAAUGACGAAGGUGAAGAGAGGGAGCCGCUAAAUAUCGAAAUUAUCCGAGAAGGGGGCGGAGAUAUAGCGGAAGAAACGCAUCAUCCCUCAAGUGACGAAGCUCGACCAUCGGAUCAGCCACUAUAUGACGACCCCUCUGAUGAGGAUGAUAGCGAGGGCGAAUGGAUUACACCCAAAAACGUCGCACUACACAAAUCCCAAGCGUUGCAGCUAUUACCUUCUGGCAGUAGUGGUAGUGGCAGUAAGAAAGGGCGCGGACGACAGGAGGAGGAUGAAUUUGUACCAACAGGUUGCAUGACUGGAGAUUUUGCGGUUCAGAACAUCUUGCUGCAGAUGGGUCUGACAUUGGUCGGGACUGAAGGCAAGCGGAUACAGAAAGUGAAGAGCUGGGUUCUUCGGUGUCACGCUUGCUUUAAGAUCUGCAAAGACAACUCAAAACAGUUUUGCCCAUCUUGCGGUAACCCUACACUAAUGCGGGCAUCGGUCACUGUCGCGUCCCCUGAUGCAUCGCCAGAUGCUCCUGCAAUGCAAGUUCACCUGAAGAAAAACUUCCAGUAUAAAGUAAGAGGAACGAAAUAUUCAAUCCCUGCACCCAAGCCUGGGUCGGCCAAGACAGGCCCCGGAGAAGGUCUAGUAUUACGCGAGGACCAACUAGAAUACAUGCGCGCUAAAAAGCGUGCGGACGGUAAACGAGACCGGGAGGAGCGGCGAAUGAUCAAGGGCCUGGUUGAUAAGGGUGGCGAGGGUGGCGUUAGUGUCGGUGGCUGGUCAGAUCCUGAUUGGAUGCCAGGAAUGUUGAGUGCUGGGACCGGAGGACAAGGGCGAUCAUCGCAUGCUGGUGGAGACAUGCCGCAAAUAGGGUAUGGGAGGAAGAACCCCAACGAAAGGAAGAAAUGGAAGUGA